AUUAAUCUAAUGUGAGAAAGAACAAUGAUGAUACUCGUAAAUACAAUUAUAAAUUUAACUUCAAAGAUUGUAAAAAAGAAAAAAUGUUUUACAUCUUUACAUAUUUACAAAUCAGUGCCAUUUGUUAACUGCAAUACAAAUAGAUAUUGUUAUACUAAUAUGCAAUUACCUGAAUGUAAAGAACGCGAAGCAGAAUUAAAGGAAAAUAAAAAGAUAGUUCAUUCAAAUGAAGAUCAAAAAUGUUCAAACUACAUCGCAUCCUUUGUGACUGGUGUUGCAUCAAUGUAUAUUUUUAAGUCGCAUCUUUUGCAUUAUAUAAUGUUUUUGGCACCAUCUCGAGCUGAAACUGUAAUAGCUCAAACAGAAGCAACUUUGACUAAUAUACCGGAAGGAAAAGUUUCUAUUGUAAAAUGGCGAGGAAAGCCAGUUUUUAUUUAUCAUAGAACGCAGAAUAUUAUCGAACAAGAAAGAAAUGUUAAUUUGUCAAUUUUGAGAGAUCCUCAAACAGAUGAAGAAAGAGUUAAAAAACCUGAAUGGUUAAUUGUAGUUGGAAUUUGUACUCAUUUAGGUUGCAUACCUAUUGCCAAUGCUGGUAUCAUUCCUGGAGGCUUCUUUUGUCCUUGUCAUGGUUCUCAUUUUGAUGGAUCUGGUCGGAUACGGAAAGGACCAGCACCUACUAAUCUUGAUGUCCCAGAAUAUAAGUUUAUUAAUGAUGAUAAUAUAAUUAUCGGUUAAGUAAUUACAUUGGAUUCUUAUUCAUGUAUAAUUAUCUUAAAUAAUUUUGAAAAUUAUUUAAGGUACUUUGAUGAUAGUAUAAUUCUAUGAUUUUUAAGAUAAAUUAUUUAUACUAUCAAUUGAUUGAUGCUUAUUUCAAAAAUCGUGGGAAUGCAUUGAAAUAAAAUGUAAACUGACCUCGCUACAAUUUAAUGAAUAAAUAAAAAAAGUCCAUUAAUUUACGUAUCAUCAUGUUAAUUAUCGCUUAUAUUAAAUACCGCUGUGAAAUAUUAUCAUGAAAUAAAGGUAUCUUCGAAUGUUUCUGUAA